ACUUCUCUUGUCCUAAAAUUUUUAUUUAUUUUAUUUUCAUCCCUUGCUCUGCGUAGACGCAUGUUGGAACUGUAAAGUGCCAUACGCUACGAAUGUAUGUAGUUCGAGGAAUUUGAUAUAUCUGCUUGUGAUUGUGUGUGUAUUAAUUACACUGGAACUAGUUUUGUGUUAAUUUGUUACUAGUGUUAACUUUGUUGACUUUGCCACUCGUUUGUCCAAGUGGAACUCUCACCAUGUCUCUGAAGGUGUGCGGAGUGUUGGCUGCGGCCCUUCUGCUGGCGUUGCCGAUAGUGUUCGCUUGCAACGAGGCUAUUUGCGCCAGCGUCGUCUCCAAGUGCAUGUUGACCCAGUCAUGCAAGUGUGACCUGAAGGACUGCUCAUGUUGUAAAGAGUGUUUUAACUGCUUAAGUAACCUGUACAGCGAAUGCUGCAGCUGUGUUGACAUGUGCCCUAAACCAAAUGAUACUGCAACUGCCCUAUCCAAGGCAUCCUAUGUAGAAGAGCUGGCUGCUGACAGCGUCCCUGUCCUGUUCAGUAGUCUGACCAGUGAUCCGGAUCCGGAAGAACGGUGGCUGUCAAUCACAUACCCUGUGGACCUUGACAUAUCCGCAUACAGGCCUGCUAAAGACAAUCAACUGGUGUAUCAUUUGCAGAGCUUAGAACAGGAAGCGGAACCUACCAGUCGCGACAUAGUAACGUUCAACUGCACCAUCGCGUACAUGGCGCAGUGCAUGUCCACGGACAAGUGCCGGACGCUGUGCCGAUCCAUGGGCGCUAGCAGUUUACGAUGGUUCCACGACGGCUGCUGCGAGUGUGUGGGCGAUAAAUGCCUCUCCUACGGCCUCAAUGAGAGCAGAUGCCCCGGCUGCCCCGCCGGCAAGGAAGAGGAGGACGAACUGGCGUUCGACGAGCUCGACUACGGAGAGGAAGUCAUGUCCGUCGCCGACGCCAAGCACAACUCCUAGCCUGUACCGAGGUCUGACGCCCCUCAUGGCUUUACUAGUACUAGCAAUCUGUAGAAUUAUGUAGGGCAGGCAUGAUCUGACCACCCUUUAAAGGUUGGUUUGCUAGUAAACAAUCAGUAGAAUUAAAUGUAGAGCAGAAGCCAAGCACAACUUUUAGCCAGAAGCGAGAUCUGGCACCCCUUAAGGCUUUACUAGUAUUAGCAAUCAGUAGAAUUAUGACGUGAGGAGAACACUUUCUGUGUAUGCAAGUGUGCCAGUUAAAAAACCCUUAUAUGGGUGACGUUACAAUACCCUUUAGCUUUGCUUUACUAGUAGUAGUAUCAAUCAGUGGUAAUUUAGAGAAUAUCAUGUACGUCGCCGACGCCAAGCAUAACUCUUAGGCUGCUCAGAAGACUAACGCCCCUUAAGGCUUUACUAGUACUAGCAAUCAGUGGAAUCAUGCAGGGCAGAAGCCAAGCACAACUCUUAGCCUGCUCAGAGGUAUGACGCCCCUUAAAUUACUUGUAAUCAGUAGAAUUAUGGAGGGCAGGCUUGAUCUGACCAGUGACAACCCUUUAAGGUUGCUUAGGCCUACUUGCACCAAUCACUUAACUCAGGGUUAGUAGGCUGUCAUCUGUCAAAUUCCAUAUAAAAUGGUGGGUUAACCCUCCAUUUUCGUUGGUGCAAGUGGCCCUUAGUAAGGGCAUUUUCAGAAUU